GUCAACCCUCUACUCCAUAACAACAGCGGAAUAUGGCAUGGGCAACCAAUUUCAUCUCUUAGUACUCCGUACAGAGUAUAUUAGUGUUCUUACAAACAUCAUCCUCUAACAACUGAUCAAUUUCUAUGGCAUUAUAGAUUUUGGGCCCUUUUUCCUUUACUUCUUUCCCCUUAACCACAUGGCGGACGGUAUUGUGCCAGAACUCGGGCCUCCAUUUUCGGCUGCCGAUUACGCCAACGAUGGGAAGGUCCAUAUCCUACUUGCGGCCAGUGGCUCAGUCGCUACGAUUAAGCUACCCAACAUCGCUGAAGCUCUGGGCCGCCACGCCAAUGUUUCCAUCCGCAUUGUUUUGACGGAGUCUUCCAGCAAAUUCCUUGCCGGGCAGAGUGCGGAACAACCGACCCUAGAACAGAUACGCUGCCUCCCGAAUGUCGACGGCAUAUAUCAGGAUCUAGAUGAGUGGAAGAUUCCGUGGGUGAGAGGAGCUACUAUCCUCCAUAUCGAACUACGAAGAUGGGCGCAUUUCAUGCUUAUAGCUCCAUUAUCAGCCAAUACGCUGGCUAAGAUGGCACUGGGACUCGCGGAUAAUUUACUGCUCUCGGUAGUUCGAGCUUGGGAUGUACAAGGCACAGUUGAACCCCCAAGGAAGAUAUAUGUUGCCCCAAGUAUGAAUACGAUGAUGUGGAAGCAUCCGCUUACCGAAAGUCAGAUCAAGACGUUGGAGCGGGGUUGGAACGUGGACUCUACGGAGGGAAAGGGCUGGAUUACGGUCCUAAGACCGAUGGAAAAAGAGCUUGCAUGUGGUGAUACUGGCGAUGGCGCCAUGCGGGAUUGGAGGGUAAUUGUGAGGUUUAUCGAAGAACACGUGGGCUUGAGUUCUUGA